AUGGAACUAACAUCAGAAUUUAAAAAAUCUAACUUGAAGUUACUGGCACUAACUGAAAUAAAGAAAAAAGGAACAGGAGAAAUGAUUGUGGAAGAUUGCACAAUAAUGUAUAGCGGUGUAGAAUCAUCAAUAUGGGCACAAGCAGGAGUGGGAUGUAUUGUCAAAAACGAUUUUAUGAGCAGAAUAAAAAGGUGGGAAGGAGUUAAUGAACGAAUUAUGGUCGUUGAAGUAAGAUUUGAUGAGGACGAGUUUUGGACAGUUAUAAUAGUAUACGGACCCAAUGAAAAUGACAAUAAAAAUAGUAAAGACAAAUUUUGGGAUGAACUACAGGAAGUGUAUGAGAAAAGUAGCAGUCCCAUCUUGAUAGUUGUUGAUCUGAAUGGUAGAGUGGGCAAUGAAGCAAGAAAUAGCAAUGGGGUAAUAGGAAGUUUUGGAGAGACAAUUAAAAAUAAAAAUGGCGAACUAUUAAUUGACUUCUGUAACUCAAACGGACUAAUAAUUUUGAAUACAUGGUUUCAACACAAAGAAAUACACAAAUUCACCCGUGUUGCGCCAGCACGAAAUGAAAAGUCAAUCAUUGACUAUAUCAUAACAGAAAAAAAUCUGAGAAACAAAAUACACGAUGUUAAAGUCGGUAGACUUCCGGAAUUGGGCAGUGACCACUUCCUAGUUGUGGCAAAAAUAAAUCUAAAAGAAGCGAACAUUUCCAAAGACACAAUGAAAGCAACAAGUAAAGAGAAGAGAACUGUAAGGACACAUAAGUUAGCCAAUGAAGAAAUAAGAAGCAAUUUCACAAAACUUACAGAAGAGAAAUUUAAAAGAAUGGGGGUGCAGCAGCAAACACUCGAACAAAGGUGGAAGUUCUUUAAAGAUACAAUCUAUGAUGCAGCUAGAAAAGUUUGUGGAUUUACUAGAACAGGAGGAUCUAAGAAAAGAACUAGCUGGUGGAGUGAAGAAACAAAACUCGUUAUUAAAGAGAAGAAAAAAUUAUGGAAAGCUUAUCUAGCAAAUAGUACAAGACAAUCAUAUGAAAUGUAUAAAGAGGGCAGAAUAAAGAUAUAG